CAUUUGCGCACAUGCACAGGGCCGAGCUUUGCAGUGAUCUGCUCAGACCCCGGCUCUGGAGGAUGCAUGCGACGCCCUAUCGCGUCAGCCCCAACCUAUGCACUUGAGCUGCUUACUGAAGGAGCGAACUCUCGGAUUUGCGUCGUAUCCGUAUCCGAAUACUUGUCCAAACGAGUGAACGAAUGGGGGAUUCUUGCGAAGCCCUUAGCUAUUACUCAGUAGCUGGUAAGGACCGACACUUCUAUGCCGACCAGCGAACAUCAAAUCACAACUUUCGAGCAACGCACGACGCAGGGUUCAAGCUUCGCAGGCUGGGCGUUCAGACAGCGCAAUAUCUUGUGUUUCAGGACCUUGAUGGCCAGCCCUAGCGAGCUUGGCUCUUACGUCAGUGGCCAGCGCUGAGUGCUGAGGAUAACUUCAAUGCUCGAAUGCGCCUGCGCUCCCUGCGCCUUCGAUAUUCUUACCCUACAACCUGUGUCAUGAAGUGGUCUCUCGCACUACUCGUCUUUCUGGCAGGCAGCCACGUAGCUGCCAUGCCCCUGUUGCGCGAUCAAUUGCGCGCGCAAUCGCAGGAAGUCCUCAAGACUCCCCCCAAGCACAUCGGCGUCGGUCACUUUAGCGAAUGGAGCCGCGCGACAAAGAAGUCAUUCUUGCAGGACUGGCAGGCUGGAAAGGCCGGAGAAUGGACCAUUGUCAUGGGCAACGAAGGUGGAGAUUUGGACUCCAUGACAGCUGCCAUCACCUGGGCCUACCAUCUGGACCACUCCACCGAGAACGACACCCAUCCGGUCAAGGCUAUUGCACUCCUGCAGACUCCCUCACACGCUCUAGACCUCCGACCAGAGAACAAGCUCGCGCUUGACAAUUCGCAGAUGACAGUCGGGCACGAAGACCUGCUCACUUCCGACGAAGUGCCCGAAGACCCAGAAACGCUGUCCCAGAAGCUCAAGGGCAUUAUUCUCGUCGACCACGGCGAGCCUCUGCGCAAAUGGCGAGAGGCAAACAUUAUCAGUAUUUUCGACCACCACAAGGACCGCGGCACUGCGCCUGAAGCUUCCCCCCGCAUCUUCGAAAAGGUCGCAUCUUGCACCACCAUCGUCGCCCGCGAACUGCUCAACGCGCUUGAAAAGCUGCCCCAGGAAUAUCAUCUCAACCACGAGUUCCUCGAGCUCAUCCUCUCGGCCAUCGCCAUCGACUCCGGCGGUCUGACCAGCGACAAAACGACCGACGAGGACAAGUCCGUCGCCCAGCGCGUCCUCGCACGCAGCAACUGGAGAGACGAGAAGCUCUCAAGAGUCAUGGCUGACCUGAACGGCGAGCUGAAAUCGGCCCAAAAAGACAUCUCGCACCUCAAUCUCCGCGACCUGCUGCGCCGCGACUGGAAGGGCGACCUGAUCGACACUCCCUCGCCGCGCACGCCCACAGUCUCGCUCGGCUUUGCGUCAAUCCCGUACAGCAUGGACGACCAAAUCAAGAAAACCGAUUUCGCGGAACUAUUCGACUGGUUCGCUGUGCACGCUGCGUGGACCGCGGAGGCGGGCGUCGAUAUCAGUAUUUGCCUCAACAAGUACAAGAUUAAAGACAAGCACGGCAAGAAGGAGAAGAUUCGCGAGGUCGUGCUGACAGUUCGCGAUGACGUCAGGGUCGAUCAGGAGCAGGCCGAUGCGCUCUUUGAGGUUGUAAAGGAUGCGCUGGAGAACAAUGACCAGGGUAUUGAGCUGGAACCGUGGCAUCGUGCGGGUGAGCUGGGUCCGCGGCAGAUGGUUUGGACGCACACAAGUAGUGCUGGGAGAAAGGUGUUUCGGCCGAUCGUUGAGGAGGCUGUGCUAGGAUGGGAUAAAGUGACUAUGGAGCUAUAGAUGGGGGGCUGCGUUUCCCUGAGAGGCGUGCACAUAUGCUGUGGAAUUGAUCUCUGACCCUGGAGGUCUUCAGAGACGUUACUACUUGAGCCCUAUAUGAAAUGACACUCUUUGUUCUUCGACGCUCGUGGCAUGUCCAAUCUGACCGCGG